GAGAGCUUUGCCCUUGUUGAAAGCAGUUGUCUCACAAACCAUUCUUUUUAUUUUUUUAUUGCAGUUGCCUUGCUUGAGCUUAGAUCCAAGUCAAUAGCCAGGUGAAGCCGUGACCAGUCAGCUACUGACAAACUUCAGCUACUGUACCAAGUGCAACUAUAUUUAGGAAGAACAACCCUAUGCUAUGAAAAGAAUUCCUUUUACAUUUAAGCUACCAAAUUGGGUUUAUCUGCCAGCCCUGAGGCAGCUCUGAGAACACAGAGGCAAAGCUCUGCAGAAACACAUGUAUCGUCUGCACUGGAUGUAACUUUGUCAAGAUAAAGACUUAAAGGAAAGCAAAAUAAAAAAGUCCCAGAUCCUAUCUGUUGGUUUCUCUGAACUGUCCGCUUGGGAAAAAGUUGUAUAAGGAAGGCGAUUCCAGCUUGUAAAAUGUCUAAACAGCCAGCAUCAAAUGUCAGAUCUAUCCAGGCUAAUCUUAACAUCCCUAUGGGAGCAUUCCGACCCGGAGCCGGUCAACCACCCAAGAGAAGAGAAUUCACACCUGAAGCAGAUCAGAGUAAUCCAGAUGUUUCACCAGAAAAAGAGAAAAAGCAGCUCCCUGGUGCUGUUAAACUUCCUGGGCCUGCAGUCAACCUCUCAGAAAUACAGAAUAUUAAAAGUGAACUUAAAUUUGUACCAAGGGCUGAGGAGCAGUAGUGUGAUCUAAAGAAGGUGUGAUGCAGGUCUCUGGUGACAGAACACAGACUUGGAAGAGUGAAGCAGCUGAAUUUUUUUUAUAUUUGUAUAAAGACUGUAUACUACCUAUAUGCUGUGUACCUCCACACUGCAGCAAAUAACUUAUUUGUACAUUUAUAUUGAUUAUUCAUAGACCAGACUUAUUCAUUAAAAAGUAUUGUUAUGCUCAAAA